CUUAGAUCGGGGAUUAGUCGAGGCGUCGCGGAGCAUUUAUGCUCGCAUUGCUGCCCUUUCGGCGCGUCUCUCGCGGACGCGAAGCGGAAGAGUAGGAGAGAGAGAGAGGGGUAUCUCUCGAUUCUCCUCUCUCACGCCAUCGGUUGCUUCGUCUCGUCCUCCUCCCUCCGUCCUCGGCCUUCCGAAUGGUGUAUAUAAUGCGGAUUUAGGGUUUUCCCGGUCGAUUGCUUUAAUCGUGAUAGGAGUCUCGGAGAAGGCGCCGGAUUCAGUCGUCUGAUGUGAAAUAGAAGCCAGAUCCGGCGUCUCGGUGACUGUCGGCUUGCGUCGCAGGAGAUAGGAGGGGAUCCGCGAGUUUUACUCGGAUUUUGGCUUUAUUUCAGAAAUGUGUAUUGCUGGGAACGAAAAGGUCGAAUAAAGAAAAUGUGUGAUGGAAGAGUUGACAGUAAUGGCAUUUUACAGUUCUUCAUUGAUUUCGCUGGCCUUUUGCAAUAAGAAUUGAACGAUCGAAAUGGAGAACUGCCCGGUGAGAGUUAAUACCAUUGGACAACUAUAUACAGAUUGCGUGUCUGAUAGGAAAUCAAGGUUUUGGCAAAUUGAUAACCAACCAAAUCUCAGGUCUGAUGCCAUUUGUCCUCAACCUCGUCGAGCUGUAAAAGUUCCCUAUUUGAUUCAUACCUUCAAUGGUGUCAUUUCUAAGCCAAUGGGCAUUUUGCCUAUGCACAGAGUGGAUUGUGCUCAAGAGAUUCUUGAUCUUAUCCUGAGCCAGAAUGACCCAUACAAUGAGCCAGACUCCAGCAACCAAGUGGGUUUCAUCUGCGGCUCUCCUCCUGUACGCACAAGCAAUCCUGUUGUCCAUGAUGUACAGUUUGCCAAACAAGCCCAGUCCUCAGCUUCUUCUCCACUUGGAAACUCUCCUCGCAUGAAGCACGCUGGAAUAGUUGAAAGAGGGUCUCCGACCUGUGGGUCUUCUCGUGGAGGGAGCCCUAAAGCAAGAAUUGAGGGAUUCGCCUGUGGGAGCUCUGAGAAGCAACAUGUUGCCCCGGCACUAGCAUGAUCUCCCAUCAUUAACUCUGACCCUAAUGCAUGUACUGGUCUUGCCUAGUAAACCUGGCUGUUUAAGAUGCUGAAAAUGCCAGUUUUAAGCAGAGUUAGUCCUGUAAAUACACGAGGUAUUGUCCAUAAUCAGUCUGUAUAGCAUCCAAGAUAUGUCCAAGCUGGGAACUGACACCGCUUGGCCUAAUCAGUCAGACGUGUCUUUGUACAGUGUAGGUCUUUUUUUGUGUCAACUCUUUUGAGUUGCAGAUGCAUAAAUCAUCAACUAUUUUGUUUCUCA